AUGGCCCGCAUCUUCAUUACCGGGUCGUCUGACGGCAUCGGGCUGCUGACGGCCAAGCGCCUCGUGGCUGACGGUCAUCGAGUCGUUUUGCAUGCGCGCAAUGCUAAACGGGCACAGGAGACAGAAGCAGCCUGUCCGGGCGCCGAGGCCGUGCUGACCGGCGAUCUGGGCAGCAUUGCCGAGACGAAGGCGCUGGCCGCACAGGCGCAAGCUCUUCUCGAAACGGAACCGGGUGCGCGGUACGAUGCCGUGAUCCACAACGCAGGCGUCUAUCGUGGCCAGGACAACGCCGUCAGCCGCGAUACGGGCUUUCCACGGCUGUUUGUGGUCAACACGCUGGCACCCUACAUCUUGGCGGUGUCGAUGGCCGCGCCGCUGCCUCGGCGGCUCAUCUUCAUCUCGUCCAGCAUGCACUACGGCGGCCGGCCCAAGCUCGAGACAAUGCCGCGCAGCGUGACGUACAGCGACAGCAAGGUGCACAUGGUGAUGCUGGCCAAGGCGUUUGCGCGGCGAUGGGCCAGCGGCCUCGAUGUGUCUGUGUCGGCCGAUCCUGGGUGGGUGCCGACGAAGCUGGGUGGCUGGUCGGCCCCGGACAGCAUCGACGACUCUGUCGCAACCUAUACAGCGCUGGCUCUGGGUCAGGGAGAGGCAAAGGGGAACGGCGGCACAAACGGGGGAGGCGUGAGCGGCAAGUAUUUUGUCAACUCGCGGGCGGAGAAGCCGCAGCCGGUGACCAACGACGAGGCGCUGCAGGACGAGCUCAUCGCGAAGCUAGCGAGUCUAAGUGGCGUGCCUAUGGUGGAUAUAUGA